AUGGCCAACGUGCUCUCAUGCUCUGGUCACGUGCGCAUAGUCGACGGGGAGAUCUUCUUCCGCCUCGGUGGCUUUGAGUUCUUCUGGUACCGCAUGCGCCGCUUCGUCUUCUCAAUUCUCAUGAUCAAGGAGGCGAUUGCGAAGUACAACCUGCACUCUCUCAACGCCGAGUUCUUCAUCAGCACCUGCGACAUGCACGUCAGCAAAGCCUCCUCCAUCGCCGAUCGUCGCGCCGGCCUCCCCAUUUUCAGCCCGCACGGCGCACCUGGCAGCAUCGACAUACUCUACCCCGACCCGGUGGAUCUGAGCGAGAGUUAUUUCCAUACCGGGGAGGACGUUGUGCCGUGGGAACAGAAGCAGAGCCGGGCCGUCUUUCGCGGCGGGAUGACUAAUUUCCACGUCAGCUACGACACGCAGUGGCGUGCCAGCCCCCGUUUCCGCGUGCACCGGAUGUCACAACUGCGUCCCGACAUCCUCGACGCAAAGGUUGUUGGGAACCACCUGAGCACGGCUGUGAAUGGGGAGCUUUUAGAGAGCUUGCGGCAGGAUGGGAUCGAGAUGGGUGAACGUCUUGAUCCGUCGCAGCAGCUGGGGUAUAAGUACGAGCUGGAUGUGGAUGGUGGAACCGGAAGCGGACGCGUGUGCAAGAUCCUGUCAAGCAAGCAGAUGAUGAUCAAGCAAAUGAGCGAGUACACGCAGUAUUUUGACCCCCUACUCUGUCCUAACAAGCACUUCGUUCCCACGCAGCGAUACUUCUCCAAUCUGUACCAGCAGAUCGAAUGGGCACGGGACCAUGAUAGCGACGCCCGGCAAAUCGUCAAUCAGGCCAAUCAGCUUGCGGGCGAGGUGUGCACGUGGGAAAGCCGUCGCCUCUACUGGGCAAUUCUGCUGGUCAAGUAUGCAGCCAGCGCUAUGGAACACCCCAGCCAAGUCGUUCGCCCGGACAAGUUCCCGUGCGACACUCGUCUCAUCCAAGAUGACGUGGAGAACAACUCUGUUCGCUCCAAAAAGAAGCCGGCAGUUUGGCCUCCGAGGUGCCAUUCACCUGAUGAGGACACAAACCAGCCACAGUGCACACAUUUCUGUGCAGGGAAUAUGUUUGAGCCCAAGUGGAAAUGGCUCACACCAGACAUUAUGGAUGAUAUCCAGGUGUUUAAGCCCAAGAGUAUCUAG